AUUAUUUAGAGCAGUUUAUUUUCGGUGCAGUUAUAUGACAUAUACUGCGCAUAUUUGCCUCCGACUGCACAAAAAUAGUGCUUUCUUCAGAGAUCAUGGCGGCUUCACUCAGUUGUUCUGCUGGCUUUGUUCUCGGCAUGGAUCUGGGAACCACGUCAGUCAAAGUCGUGCUGCUGGACGCGCAGUCAAAGACAGUCACAGAUAGUAGCAGUUUCCCUACAAACUCUGAUAUCAGCAGCACCUCAGACACACAUGCAAAAGAGCAGGAUCCUGCACUAAUAAUCGCCGCUCUGGACCAAUGCAUGGAUGCUUUACCUAAAGACAAGCUGAAAAAAGUCAAGUGCAUUGGAGUAUGUGGACAAAUGCAUGGCAUUGUGUUGUGGAAAUCUAAAUCAGGCUGUGAAUGGCUGAGUGAAGAUGAAAUCAUUAGAUUAAUUCCUAAAGACGUCAGUCAGCUGAUCACCUGGCAGGAUGGGCGCUGCAGGGCUGACUUCCUGUUUUCCUUCCCCAAACCAGAUUGGUUUACAAGUGACAGGGAGCGUGUAACUGCAACAGAGCAGUCCGUUAAAGACGCAAUUGUAUGA